AUGUCCUCCUUCUCCAGAGCUGCAAGCGCAGCUAUGAGAGCUGUCGGCCGGCGACCCACAGUAGCUACCACAACCACCAGCACAGCUACUCGAUCAACAGCCGCCACUGCCCCCCUCCUCGCCAACAAAACCCAGUCCCGCGCCUUCGUCAAGGAGUCGCGGCCGCGUCCUCAGGCUAGCAACCGGGACAAGGACGAGCCCCACCACGCAGGCACGUUCGCCCGUACCGACGACAGCAUCACUGUCGAGUACCCGCAGGACCACGAGCUCCCCAGCUCGGAGCCCAUCGUCGGGGCCGGGCGCGCGGGCCUGCACAUCUACCCGACCCUGGCGAACUUCUCGCUGCAGGGCAAUGUCGGCGUCGUCACUGGCGGUGCGAGGGGCCUGGGGCUGGUCAUGGGCCAGGGGAUGGUUGUUUCCGGUGCUGAUCUGGCCAUUGUUGAUAUGAACAAGGACGAGGCCGAGGUGCAAGCCCAGGCCCUCAUGAAGCAGUUCAAGAAGGACAACCCAAACGCAAAGAAGGCCCCCAAGGUGACGGCGCACUACGCCGACGUGUCGGACCAGGACUCGGUCAACGCGUGCAUCGCCGAGAUCCUCGCGCAGCACGGCAAGAUCGACAACCUGGUCACGUCCGCGGGCUUCACCGAGAACUACAACGCCACCGACUACCCCAUCGACCGCAUGCGCAAGCUCUUCGCCGUCAACGUCGACGGCACCUACCUCUUCGCCACCGCCGUCGCCCGCCACCUCAUGGAGCGCAAGGCAAAGGGUAGCAUGGUCUUCAUCGGCAGCAUGAGCGGCUCCAUCGUCAACGUGCCGCAGCCCCAGGCGCCUUACAACUCCGCCAAAGCAGCCGUCCGCCACCUGGCCGCCUCCCUGGCCGUCGAGUGGGCUCACGCCAAUAUUCGCGUCAACUGCAUCUCACCCGGGUACAUGUUGACGGCUCUCACCCAGAAGAUUCUCGACGACAACCCGGAUCUCCGGAAGCAGUGGGUUUCGCUCAUCCCACAGGGUAAGAUGGGCCAGCCCGAGGAUCUCAUGGGCCCCGUGACGUUCCUGCUGUCAGAUGCGGCCGGCUACGUCACCGGCGCUGACCUUCGUGUCGAUGGUGGCUACACGGUGACCUGA